AAAUUAAAUUAAUUUAAAUACAUUGUGAAUGUGCAUAAUACGCACAUAAUACGUGUAUGUGCACGCAAGGAGCACGUAUUUCUAAAUAGCCACAAAACGAGUCUCGGUGGGCUCAAGUGAUAAGAAGUUUCUGUGCUGUGUUUGACACACGUGAAAAAAUAGGCGCUGAAAAGAAAACCCCUAGGCCCACAGAUAGCUUCGAGUCAUACGACAUAUACACGUAUACAAAUGCGCGGAAAGUGAAAAGCGCCUGCGGAAAGUUUCACGAAAUCUGAAGUGUUAUCAUCCCACCCUUACGCUCAGCCACACACUCCACCACCCGCCGCACUCAAUAGAAAGUAAAAAUGCCGCUACUUGUCUACAAGGAAAGUCACAUUCUCAGCGCCCAGCAGCUGCGAAAGCUCAGCGAACACAAAUACUCAUGUUUCAGCGCAAGCCUUCUGGAUCCUUUGCUGCAGCCAUGGUGGAACUGGCUGGUUAGCCAAACACCACUUUGGCUGGCACCGAAUCUAAUUACAAUCGUCGGUCUCAUCCUCAAUAUUGUGACAACAUUGAUAUUAAUUUGCUACAGUCCAAAUGGCGUUGAAGCCCCACCACGUUGGACCUGUGCGCUGUGCGCCCUGGGACUGUUUGUCUACCAGAGCCUGGACUCGAUUGACGGCAAACAGGCGCGUCGCACGAACACAUCAUCGCCGCUGGGAGAGCUGUUUGAUCAUGGCUGUGACUCGAUAUCGACUGUGUUCGUGGCGCUCUCGGCCUGUAUCUCCUGCCAACUGGGGCACUAUCCCAAUUGGCUCUUCUUUCAGUGCUUCUGUGCCAUUGCCUUGUUCUACUGCGCCCACUGGCAGACAUAUGUGUCUGGAACGAUGCGCUUCGGACGCAUCGACGUGACGGAGGCACAGUUCUCGAUUAUAGCCAUUCAUCUAGUGUCGGCGAUACUGGGUCCUGAGUUCUGGCUAACCAAGAUACCAAUCGUGGGCGUUUCAUGGAAUUACACAAUAUUAGUAUUUAUUACAUUCGGUUAUACCUUGAAUAUAAUCAAUUUCCUAAAAAUGUUUACUCAAGGCGGCAUUGGCAAAAACGGCUCCUCAGUUGCUGGCACCAGUGUACUCUCCCCCAGCAUACCGCUUACGCUGGUGGUGCUACCAGCUCUGAUUAUUGCCCAGAAAUCGCCGGAGAACCUAUUCACCGAGCAUGCAUCUGUGUACAUAAUGGCCUUUGGAAUGGUGGCAGCCAAAAUAACCAACAAGCUGGUGAUUGCACACAUGACAAAGUCGGAGAUGGAAUAUCUGGACUGGUCGCUACUCGGUCCGUCGCUGCUGUUCCUCAAUCAAUACUUUAACUGCAUUGUGCCGGAGAUCUGGCUGCUCUGGUUCAUGCUCAUCUGGGGGACACAGGACCUGCUGCGCUACUGCUCGCAGGUGUGCCUAGAGAUCUGCCAGCAUCUGCGCAUUAAUCUGUUCAGGAUACCUUAUAACCCAAAGGCUGGUGUACCACAUCCGGCGACCGCUUCGGUCAGCAGUCAAAGCAACCUUGGCAGCAGUGCCGACAAAAAUGGCGGCACUUCGCAUCGAAAGUACAAGAGCAAACCUCAUUAAGCGCCCUUAAUCCUGGUCGAAGAAGGGCUCUGCUCUGGGCUGCAACCGAAGCCGCAACGGACAACGGUUUCCCAUUAAAUUAAUUAGUUUCCUUUUAUAAUUUUAUGUCGUUAGAGUUGGCUGAUAGAGGAGAAGUAAGGAGAAUGUGGAGAAUGAGUAGGAAACGAGGCGAGGAGAAAGUAAUACAAACCGUGUAAACGCAACCCAACAAAAUUUACAGUCAGUGUUUAAAGAAAAAGAAACCAAACAGGAACGAAGAAUUAGGAACGAGAUAGCAAAAAGGCAAAGCAAAAAUGUUGCUCUUAAGUUUUAAGAAACAGUUUACAAUUAUAUCAAUUAUAUAUGGCUAAAUAUAUAUUUUCUAUAAUUGUGUAAGUUGUAAUACGUCUAGAUUCUAGAUGGCAGUAUUUUUACUGUUGUGUAAAAGACGAAUGCCAAAAAGAAAAAUAGGAAGAACGAACCUGAGCCCAAACCAACACAAUUUUCGGCAAGGCAAAAGCUCAAUUUACGUUUAAGCGCCCAACAACCCGAUUGGCAAAGGAGGGACUACUUUCAGCCUGAAUCUGUUCCGAGUCGAGCUAGCCAGUAGCUCCCUAUUAGUGUAUCUAAUGUGCCGCAACAUUCUAAAUGGUGACUCAUUUCAAAAAGCGCAUUAACUAUCCUAAUCUGUAAUCCGUAAUAUUAGAGCGAACAAAUAAGCACGAUCACUCCUAAUGCAUCCUAGCUAAAACUUAUUGUAUCUUUGCUUGGCGUUGGCGUGCGUGCCCGCCUGAUGGCCACAUCAUUAUAGUGAAACUAUUAUGGACUACGUUGCACAAGACGCGACAACAAAAAGGAAGACAAGUCAUUACACAAAGCAAACAAGAAAACACGAAUAAAACUAUUUGCAGAAUAAAAA